UUCUACAGCAAACAAUUCGCGACAACAAUUGCCCGCUCCUGCUCUCUUGUUCUUUCCUUAUACUGGAUGGUGAAGCAGCAGUCGACCCUCUUUGACACUAGCAACACUGAAGUGGCAAUUGAGCAUGUUGGAGAACCUCUGCACUCUUCCGCUUUCGGCGGACCUCUUCGCCCAAGCCCUUCACCCAGAAAAGCCACUCCUCACAGUUGGACUGUCCAGUGGCCAUGUGCACACUUUCAGCUUGCCACCGGCCAAAAAGGACGGCAAGGGCUUGAUCAAGGAGAUUUGGUCAACUCGCCGUCACAAGGGAAGCUGUCGGUGUUUAGUCUAUGGACAUGAUGGCAAAGCGUUGUACUCUGCCGGAACGGACUGCAUAGUCAAGCAUUUCGACCCAGAGACUGGCAAAGUCAAAUCCAAGAUCAACAUCCCCAAACGCGGCAACCACGACGAUCCGCCGGCCAUCAUGCACGCCCUGACCCCGAAGACCCUUUUGCUCGGCACCGACUCCGGAGCAUUAUAUAUUCUGGAUCUGCUCAAGGAUGGAAGCCUUAGCCCCGAGCCUGUCCGGAAGCACAUGCCCCACGACGACUACGUCACCAGCAUCACCCCGCUCCCUCCGUCAGCAGAGAGCACCUCUGGCUUUUCGAAGCAGUGGGUCAGCACUGGCGGCAGCACGCUUGCCGUCACGGACGUGCGAUCCGGGAUCAUGGCUCGGAGUGAGGAUCAAGAGGAUGAGCUGCUGUGCUCGGCCAUCAUACCCAGCGGACUUGGGCCCAAGAAGAUGAGGGGCAACGCCGUCGUGGCGGUCGGUACCGGCUCGGGGGUUUUGACCAUGUGGGACCGUGGUUCCUGGGAUGAUCAGCAAGAACGCAUAUACGUGGCCGGCGGUCGUGGCAAGAAGGAGCCCGAGAGUCUGGACUGCAUAGUUCGUGUGCCUGCCUCUCACGGUAGCGGCACCAAAGUUGCAGUGGGUGUCGGUGACGGCAGCGUCUGCAUCGUCGACCUGAGAAGGCGUGAGGUCGAGCUGACUCUCAGGCACGAUGAAGUAGAGGGUGUCACUGCUAUUGGAUUUGACUGCUAUGACAGGAUGAUCAGUGGUGGUGGCAAGGUGGUCAAGGUCUGGGCAGAGGCUGACUCACCAGAGGAGGCUGAGAGCGAGGACGAUGACGAAGAUGGCUCAUCCAAGAAGAGACAACGGGAUGACGAUGACGACAGCGAUGACAGCGACAGUGACGACGAUAGUUCGGAAGAUGAGAAGCCGGCCAAGUCCAAUUCGAAGCGAAGGAAAGGCAAGGGGCCAUUGCCUGGCACAAUUGCAUUCCCAGGCCUUGACUAGCCAUCUGCAACAAAUUUUGUUAUUGGUCUGUAGUGGUUCGACAAGAAUGAUUUGGACUAUCAUCUAGAUGCCACUUGAACAGCACCCGGCAGCCACAUAUUCGUCUUCAUAGUCCCCAAAACAGGUCUAUCGAAGCGCAUCAGUCCCAACGGAUGGACCGUGUGCAUUCCGGUUUCAGUGCGAGGCUAAAUGGCCGAUCCGAACUCGGCGGAUAUCAAAGGAGACAGUGGUUUCCCUGGAGAAUCUACUUACAGUAGGGACACACAGCAGCUUUGCUACUAGACCUAGUGCGAGUUCCAAGGCCAUCAGCCGGGGACAUUAAUGUACUGUAUCUGCACAUACCUUGGCCAUAUCAUCUAAGAAGAUUAUCAAAUUUAUCGUUAGCAGGACCUUCGUGCUCUGGAAACUUCCUUCUUUAU